AUGAAGGCAUCCAUCCUCCUCUCCGGAGCCCUCGCCUCCCUGGCCAUCGCCGCGAUCCCCUCAGGCCCGGCAAAGACCUACGCAGCAUGCCAAAAGAAGACCUGCAAUAACCCCUUCGAGGGCUGCCCCCCAGACACCAUCUUCGUCUCAAAGACCUCCAAACACGCAAACUUCACAACCAUCCAAGACGCCAUCGCCUCCCUCCCCCACGACACGACAGCCCACACAAUCCUCAUCGCACCAGGCAUCUACGUAGAGCAACUCAACGUAACCCGCCCCGGCCCCCUCACCCUGCUGGGCAUGACCGACUCCCCCAGCACGGGAAUCUCCUACUCCGCCUCGGGCAACGCCACGGCCGGCAACGCCCAGAACGAGGUCCAAGUCCUCUUCAACGCUACAAAUCACAACGUCCGCUUCCCGGACAACGCCUACACCAGCGUCCUCUCCGUCGGCCCCACCCUCAACGCCACGCUCACCGGCUCCGGGCCCACGGGCUUCCCCGUGCCCGCCGACACGCCCUUCGGCUGCGCCGACUUCCGCGCCUACAACAUUGACUUCCGCAACGACGAGUACCCGUACUCCAACGGCCCCGCGCACGCCGUGGGCGUGAGCAGGGCCAACGCCGGGUUCUACUCGUGCGGGCUGUACGGGUGGCAGGAUACCCUGUACGUCGGGAAGCUGGGCAACGCCUACUUCUACGACAAUGUCAUUGCCGGCCAGACGGAUUUCCUGUACGGGUUCGGCACGGCGUACAUUGAGAAGUCGACGCUCUCGCUGAGGAACUGCGGCGGCGGCAUCACUGCUUGGAAGGGAACGAACACAACCUUUGAAAACAAGUACGGGGUCUACAUCUCCGACUCCCAAGUCCUCGCCGCCAACGCCUCCGUCGCGCCCACCAUCCGCGGCGCCUGCGCCCUCGGCCGCCCCUGGAACGCCCAGCACCGCUCCGUCUUCAUGCAGUCCUUCUUUGACGCCUCGAUCAAGCCCCAGGGCUACAUCGAGUGGCAGGCCAGCGAGCCGCGCGUCAACAACUACACCUUCAUGGCCGUCUACGACGACCGCGGACCGGGCUGGACGCCCGAGCAGAUGAAGGCGAGCAACGUGACGAUCGUGCUGGACGACGCGGGCGCGGCGCCGUACAGGGAACCCAAGGACGUGUUCCAGACGCCCGAGGGGGAGUUUGGGUUUGUUAGCUGGGUUGACCAGAGUGUGUUGAGGUCGUGA